GUUCUGCAAUGAUAUAAAAAUAAGACCUCUCUCAUUUCCACUCCAUUCCUUUUUGACCCCAUCAUGCCUCUUUCUCUUUACUCUUUGAUCCCAUGUAACACCCAUCAAAUUCUCUUAGUUUUUUUAUGAUAAAGAACACUUCUAACUCAUAUGAUAUGACAGUUUAAUUUCUUUUUGAUUAAGUGAGACUAGUUAACAUAUUCAAUAAUCAACUCCAUUUUUGCAGUUUCUACAUGGCUCAACAGGAAGAUGGUGGAUGGCCUUUGGGACUACAACCUUUGAAUGUAAGAGCAAGAAACUAUGAUUAUUCAGGAUCAAUCUCAUGCAACACUUUGCUUAGUGGCUCCCCUACCUUAACCUCCGUUUCUUCUUCGGAUCUAGAUACACAGUCCACAGGGUCAUUCUUUCAUGACAAGAGCAUCACACUAGGAAACCUUUUGGGUGUUUCAAGCAUUGUAGAACUUUCUAGAAGAUCUUUAGGAAGUAGGAGAAGAGGCGUUUCCGAAACCAUAACUUUGGGACGCAAUGGAAGAUCAAACACCAAAUCAAAAACUUGGUGUCUCAAGUUUUGUUUGUGCCCAAGAGAUAACAUCGAUGUUGAUAUUGCUAGAAAUAACACUGUUCCUCUUGGACGGUUUCUUGAAGUAGAAAGAAGAGCCGCUCAAGGACACAGACGAGAUCAACAUGGUCCAAUGGUUGUUGGACCUCAUGAGCUCGCCCUUCCUGAUCAACCUUUUGGAGAGAUACCGAAUUCAUUGUUUGUGGAUGGACGAAUUGCACCACCGGUCCAAUCAAGCCCUGGGUCAGGUUCGGAUUCCAAUGGACGAAAAGAGGGUAGAAGAUCGAGAACUCCAUGUUUUUGAGAAUUUGAAAUGUUAGGUUCUUUUUGUGAACUUGCCACAUAUUUCUUAUUCAUAACCAUGUUUGAUGUGUAGAUGUGAGUGUUUAAACUUCAUUUAGAUGAUCAAAGUUUAUAUAUUCUUUUUUUUUAA